ACGCUCAGCAGCUAUAAGUGUUCAUUCCCAUGGCGCGGUCCCCCCGUCCUGCUAAAAAAGAGUCGGCCCUUUCACUCGCCAAACACCCAACGUCCACAUAGCGUGGGAACAGCUCCGAUCAUCAUGGCGUCUAGCAAUAAGGUUCUAGAUUCUAAUCCGUCUGAUGUCGAGCAUCAUGAAUUCAAUGGCGGAAAAGAAUCUUAUAAUGAGAUUGAUCGAAUUGAUGCCCUUGCUACGGCAGCUGGGACCACGCUUGAGUCCUUUGCCGAUCUAGAUGAGAAAAAAAUACUAAGAAAGAUGGAUAUACGACUAAUACCAAUGCUUGCAAUUCUGUAUUUAUUGUCCUUCCUGGACAGAGGAAACAUCGGUAACGCCAAGAUCGAAGGUCUGCAAGAAGACCUGGGGAUGAGCCCCGAUGAAUAUAAUUGGUGCUUGACGGCGUUCUUCUUUACAUAUGCGGCAUUCGAAGUCCCAAGCAAUUUACUAUUAAAGAGAUUACGUCCAUCUAGGUGGAUCCCUCUUAUCAUGGUCGCGUGGGGGUCCGUAAUGACAUUGAUGGGCUUAGUUAAGAGUUUCCAGGGCCUGCUCGUUGCUAGAUUGUUUCUUGGCGUAACUGAAGCAGGCUUGUAUCCCGGAUGCGCUUACUAUCUUACUAUGUGGUACUGUCGACACGAGAUUCAAUUUCGCCAGGCUAUGUUCUUCUCGGCCGCAUCAAUAGCUGGGGCUUUCAGUGGGCUUCUAGCUUUUGCGAUUGCGAAAAUGGAUGGCAUUGGGAAUUUAGAAGGUUGGCGUUGGAUUUUCAUCCUCGAGGGGCUUGCGACAGUUGUCGCCGCACUCAUCGCAUUCUUCGUGUUAUACGACUUCCCUGAAACCGCUACUUUUCUUACCGAAAAGGAACGAGAAUUCGUCGUGUUCCGUCUUAAGUACCAGGGGCAGAUUCAAGGGGAAAAAAAGACCGCGACACAAGUGGCUCAAGCAGAUGAGUUUGACUGGAGAUAUGUUUUGGCGGCCUUUAAAGACUGGCAGGUUUGGGUAAACCUCGUCGUCUACUGGGGUGUCGUGUGUCCACUUUAUGGCAUUAGCCUCUUCCUCCCUACCAUUAUCAAAAACUUAGGAUACUCGUCAAGCACAGCCCAGCUCAUGACUGUGCCAAUUUACAUUACGGCUGCGAUUCUAGCCGUCGUUUUUGCGUUUAUAUCCGAUCGUGUGGGAAAGCGCAGUCCGUUCGUCAUUUCGUUCUUCAUCAUGAUGAUCGUCGGGUUUGCAAUGUGUAUAUCAACUUCCAACCCUCGAGUAGUAUACGGCGGCGUUUUCGUGGUAGCUUGUGCCAUAUACCCCGCCUUCCCGGGCGUUGUUACAUGGCUUUCGAAUAAUCUAGCCGGUAGUUACAAGCGCAGUGCCGGAAUGGCCAUUCAAAUUGGAAUCGGAAAUCUCGGCGGGGCUAUGGCGUCAAAUUUCUACCGUCAGAAAGACUCUCCGCGGUACAUACUUGGCCAUGCCUUAGAACUCGGAUUCCUCGGUGUGGGUCUUGUUGCCGCCUUCAUCGCUGUCCUUGGAUAUACCUUCGUCAACAAGAAGAGAGACAAGGCCAUGCUUAGGGGCCACGAGGCCAAGUUCACUGCGGAAGAACUCUCGGCGAAGGGCGACAAGGCAGUCACAUUCCGGUAUAUGAUUUAAGACACUGUUCUACAUAAGAUGAAUAUAAAACAGGCAUUUGUUCAAACGACAAAAAGAAACCCAGCCCUAUACGUGGAACAGAGGUAUUGUUUCGGGGUCACAUUCAUAACUUAAUGAAAUAACCUCCUUUUUUUAAUAACUAAAAGCCUAAGACUCGAUUUAUAACGAAGUAUGGCCCUACACAAAGAUUAAAUAGAAAUACAAUAGACUAUUUGGAGUUCCUUCGCA